UUCGUUCAUCCGACAGCAACAAUGAAGCGCAAAUUGAAUGAACAUGACGUUCCGGAGCCGACGACCACUACAGGCCCCAGCAGUAACGACGAGUCGAAAGCAUCGGCGCCGCCGAAAGCCACCUUCGCCAACCUGAAUCUCGACGCUCGUCUCUUGCAGUCCGUCCACAAGCAAAAGUUCAGUGCGCCCACGCUCGUGCAGUCAAAGACCAUCCCGCUCGCUCUCGCCAGUAAGGAUGUCCUCGCACGCGCAAAGACAGGAUCUGGCAAGACCCUGGCGUACCUCCUCCCCACCGUCCACGCCAUCCUCCAGCGCAAAUCAGGAACGAAAAAGGUGAAAUCAACCACUGCGCUCAUCCUGGUGCCCACGAAAGAGCUGGCGACUCAGGUGACGAACUCCGUGAAAGAGGUGACAACUUUCUGCGCUGCUGAGGUCAAAUGCGAGAACAUUACGAGAAAGGAAGACCCGAGCGUGACCAGGGCCCGGCUGGCAGAGCUGCCAGAUAUCGUGGUCGCUACACCCGCAAGAGCCAUACAGUGGGUGAAUAGUGAGACGAUGAAGCUGGAAGGCCUGAAGCAUUUGAUCAUCGACGAGGCCGAUCUGGUUCUGAGCUACGAUGGCGAAGAUGAUCUGCGUGCAUUGGCCAAUCUUCUUCCUGAAGGUGUGCAGAAGCUGAUGAUGUCUGCGACUCUGAGGACAGAGGUCGAUACGCUCACAGCAUUGUUUUUCGCCGAGGACUCCAAGCCUGAGAUACUGGAUUUGAGCCAGGAAGAGGCCAAAGAGAAAGCAACGCUGGCCCAAUACACCGUAAGAACGGCAGAGGACGAGAAAUUCUUGCUCAUCUACGCCAUCUUCAAGUUACAGUUAAUCAAGGGCAAAGUCAUUGUGUUUGUCGCGGACAUUGACCGAGGCUACCGGGUCAAGCUCUUUCUGGAGCAGUUCGGCAUUAGAAGUUGCGUACUGAACGCAGAGUUGCCUGUCAACAGCAGACUACAUGUGGUAGAGGAGUUCAACAAAGGGGUGUACGACAUCAUCAUCGCAGCGGAUGAGAGCGAAGUAGUGGGUAAUGAAGAUGGCAAGAAAAGCAAAGAGUCUGAAAGAGUUGCAGAAGAAGAUGAAGACGAGGAUGAGGUUGAGCCAGAUGGGGCUGAGGCAGAGACUGAGCCGGUCACCACCGAAAACAGUUCCAACACACGACCAGUCAAGAAGCAACGAAGGUCGCGGAAAGACCGUGAAUAUGGUGUUUCCCGUGGCAUUGACUUCCGCCAUGUCACAUGCGUACUGAACUUUGACCUGCCCACCAACAACAAGUCGUACACACAUCGUAUCGGACGGACGGCUCGUGCUGGCCAAUCCGGCAUGGCACUCUCAUUCUACGUACCAAAGAGUCUUUACCGCAAACACAAGCCAACCAGCAUUGAGCAAUGUGAACAUGACGAGGAAGUGCUCGCCAAGAUCGUUGCGAAGCAAGCCGAUCAGGGGUCGGAAGUAAAAGAAUGGGGGAUCGAUUGGACCAAGCUCGAUGGCUUCCGCUACAGACUCGUCGAUGCGCUGCGCUCCGUGACCCGUAUCGCCGUCCGAGAAGCUCGCACAAAGGAAAUUCGAAAUGAACUCGUGAAAUCGGAGAAGCUGAAGCGCCACUUUGAAGAGAACCCGGAGGAUCUGAAGCACCUGCGACAUGACACGGAAAGCCAUGCGGUACGAGCGCAGGCCCAUUUGAAGCACGUACCCGACUAUCUUUUGCCGCAAGGUGGAAAAGCAGCUGUUGCAAAGGACGUGGGGUACGUGGGUAUGAAACGGGACAAGGCAAAUGGUAUCAGAAAUCGCAGAGCCACGAACAAGGCCAAGGGCAGGGGAAGAUUGGCAAAGGGAAAGGGACUGGAUCCAUUGAAAAGCCUCAAUGUCAAGGGAAGAGGGAGGAAGUAAUAAACUUUUGUCGAAUGAAAGAGGUAGGAAG